AUGUCUAUUGAUCAAAGGGCAGUGCCCGCAAUAGAGACCGACAGUAAGAUCGACGACCAGCUCAGCACAGAACCAGAACUCCCAGACGGACCAACUGAUAGCCAUGUGCUGUCCCAAGUCGACCAGGAUGAGAAAGGCCUUGCUCAAAAGGCUGGUGAAACGGCGGAAAUCACUAAUGUCGGAUGGGGUGAACAUGCAGAUCAUGUUGCCGAGCCUCUAGUGGCCGGGCUCUCCAAUGAAGACUUGUGGAUGCUGAUCAGGCGUUUUGACAAGCAAGUUUACAGAAUCAAGGCAGUGCCCGAUGCUCCACUACAGAGAUUGGAUCUCACGAGAACAGACGACGAUGAAUUCUCACCAGACAAGUUGCGAGCAACGCUCGAGCGAUUCUACGUCAGUGUGGUCGUAAGCUUGACUAGCUGCGUCAAACAUAUCGCUCGGCUACGAUCCUGGAGAGAGCCCCGACGAACCAGUAAAUUUGCCGCAGUUUACCUUGUUUCAUGGCUUCUUGAUAUGUUGGUUCCAACUAUCCUGGCAACGCUACUUGCCCUGAUAGUCUACCCUCCCUGCCGAAAUCUCAUGUUCCCUCCAGCGCCAAUCGCUCUAGUCGACAAAGACACGGGCGGGGUUCAAAAGCCCAAGGCAGGCAUUCUUGGCUCUCAUGAUAGUAUCACUGGCGCGCCUGAAAAAUACAAGGGCGAGGCAGCCGAGCAAGAGGCUAGCAAUUUAGUCGCCAGCAUUGCUAGUGUUGCGGUAGGCAGCGCAGCCGGCAAACAUGACCAAGGUGUACCCGAGGGCGCACCACUCGAAGACGAUGUCCCCGAUGUGAUGGAUAUGGUUGCUAAUACCGCCGAUGCACAAAGCGCCGCCCAUGGCAAGGUUCCGUCAGACUCGCAUGACAAAACCCGGCAGCCCAUGAAAAAGAGUGUUAUGGAUGCUGCCAACUUUGCAAUGCAAGUGGUGAAUGAUAUCACAGACACAUAUGAAAAGAUGGGGAAUGCGCUCUCUGCAACGGCUCCGUUCCCACAGUUGAGCCCCCGUUUGCGCCUGGCUGCGGUGUUGGUUCCGGCCUGUCUUGCUUCGAUGAUGACAUCCAGCUAUGUCCUCAUGAAAGUCAGCACGUUCAUCUUUGGAUUUGCAUUCUUCGGCGAUCCUGCUAUCCGCCGUGGAAUCCAGUAUCUGAACCGACGGUUCCCCAAAUGGCAAAAGGUCAUCGAGUUGCAGAACUCACUACUCAAGGGCAUCCCAACGAAUGCACAAUUAGCCGUCACCUUGCUCCGCAUCGGCGAAGCCAAUGCAUCUCCAUUGCCGCCGCCCCCAGAUUCAAGUGACCAAAAGGCACCUUCACGACCGGCCUCUCUGCAUAAAGAGGAUUUAACCCUCGACGCUACCGACGAAGAAAUUAAUCAAGCGGCGCUCGUCAAACCCCACAAUGAUACACACAUCCAGACCGAGACCCAGCCGCAGGAAAAAGCCCACAAAAAGACUGUGACAUCCGGCAUACUCAGCUUUUUCCGGGGCACGACAGCCAGCGGCGUGGAAAGUAAACGAGGCAUUGACCGCCUGCGAGCAACGAUUGGUUCUCGCCAUGCGAAGAACCGCGUCGGAGUCCUCCGUCACAAGGGAAAGAUGAUCACGCCCAUUGGACCCGUGGCAUUCGACGCCCGGUACAGAGGCAAGCAUGGUACGGUGAUUAUUGACUCGACUCAGGAGCCUCCUUUGCUCUACUUUACGACGGAGACGCCUCAGAUUGAGGAUGUUAAGGUAGUGAAUCGGAAAGUGGAGUCGGUACUGUUUACCAUGCCAGUGACUGAGAUUCAGGAGAUGAGGAAGCUGGGUGGAAUGGGAUGGAAGGGGAAGUUGGUGGUGGGAUGGGCUCUUGGGAGUAAAGAGGUUGUCGAUGGGUUACUGAUUACGGGUCAGAAACCUGGGCAGAGAUAUCAGCUUACUGCUAUGGGGACAAGGGAUCAGUUGUUUAAUCGGCUGGUCGCGAUUGAUGGACAGGUUUGGGAGACGUGUUAA